CAAAAUAAGCAACGUACCAUAAUGCAUUUACCAAUAGUGCUAGUAGUACUAAUAAUAAUGAUGGCAUCUUUAGGGAAAGCAAGUGCUCAUGAGUUGCCACAAUAUUGUGAAACGUCGUGUGGUAAUGUGAGUAUAACAUUUCCUUUUGGUUCAGGUCCAGGAUGCUACUACAGUGACGAGUUUCGUGUUACUUGCAACAGGUCCCAUAGUGAUGGGCCUACGCUUCUCUUACGAGCCAGCAAUAUCGUUAUUACAAAUUUGUCAAUAAGCACGGGCGAGAUUGAAGUUACUUCGUAUGUUGCUCAUGAUUGUUACGAUAGCAAUGGGUUAAGAGACGAGAACACAUCCAAUGAUCCGUCUUUCACGUUGAUGUAUUUCCAAGUAUCAACCAAGAACAGGUUUGUCGCCAUUGGGUGUAACGCCGACGCAAACAUACUAGGAUCAAGGGGGGAUGAAUCUUAUGGUACUGGAUGCAUUUCUGUUUGUGACAACACCAGCAGUAUCACAAAUGGAUCAUGCUCCGGGAUUGGGUGUUGCGAAGUGAAAAUCCCAGAAGGAAUUGGCGCUUUUAACUUGUCCGUAAGUAACUUUUUUAAUCAUACAUCUGAUGUACUUGACUUCAACCCUUGUAGCCAUGCUUUUGUUGUUAACCAAGAGUACAACUAUUUCAACUUUUCCUCCACCAAUCUGCAAAAUUUUCAAAGUAUAAAGGAGAUGCCGAUGUUACUUGACUGGGCAAUCGGGAAUGAAACUUGUGAAAUAGCAAGUCAGGAUACAAAAAACUUCUUAUGUAAAGGAAACAGUGAAUGUAUUGAAGAAUAUGCUGGUCCUGGAUAUCGUUGUCGUUGCAAGCAGGGUUAUGCUGGCAACCCUUAUCUUAAAGAUAACUGCACAAAUAUUAAUGAGUGUCAGCUGGAAGGAAUUGAUGUUUGUCUACAUAAAUGCGAGGAUACUAUAGGAAAUUAUACGUGUUCUUGUCCAAGAGGAUACUCUGGAGAUGGCAGGAAAUAUGGAUCUGGUUGCACCGUCAAACAAUCAUUCGUUAUAAUGAUCUCCAUAUGUACCUCAGUCGCUGGCUUGUUUCUCCUUUUACUCUUUACCUGGAUAUACUUGGGACUCAAAAGGCAUAAGAAUUUGAUUCUUAGAGAGAAGUUCUUUAAGCAAAAUGGUGGAAUAAUGUUGCAGCAAAGAAUAUCAGGGGUUGGGGGUUCUCAAAUUCAAGCUAAGCUGUACACAGUAGAGGAGCUCGAGAAGGCAACCAACAACUAUGAUCAGAGCAGGAUUAUUGGAAAGGGUGGCUAUGGCACAGUAUUUAAAGGAAUUCUACCUGAUGACAAAAUAGUAGCCAUAAAACAGUCCAGGAUAGCAGAUCAAACCCAAACUCAAACCCAAGUCGAUCAAUUUAUCAAUGAAGUUCUUAUCCUUUCUCAAAUCAAUCACAGAAAUGUGGUGAAACUUAUUGGCUGCUGCCUGGAAACAGAAGUUCCUUCAUUAGUUUACGAAUUUAUUCCAAAUGGCACCCUCUUUGAUCACAUCCACAAUGAAUGCAAGUCAAAGGCUAUUACUUGGGACAUCCGAUUGAGAAUAGCAACGGAGACGGCUGGAGCACUUUCAUAUUUACACUUUGCAGCUUCUGUCCCAAUCAUUCAUCGAGAUGUCAAGCCAAUGAAUAUACUUAUUGAUAGUUGUUAUGCAGCAAAAGUAGCUGAUUUUGGAGCAUCAAAGCUAAUUCCUAUGGAUCAGAAUGAAUUGGCGACAAUGGUGCAAGGAACACUGGGUUACUUGGAUCCGGAGUACUUUCAUACAGGCCAACUGACCGAAAAGAGCGAUGUUUAUAGUUUUGGAGUAGUACUGGUGGAACUUUUAACCGGAAAGAAGAUUGUUGACUUCAGUAAGCCAGAGAAAGAAAGGCAUUUAACCAAAUCUUUUAUAGCUUCUUUAGAAAAUGGCAUUCUAUUAGAGGUUCUUGAUGAAAACUUGCAACUAAAGGAAGUUCCACAUGAUAUCGUCCUAGUUUCAAGACUUGCACAAAGAUGUUUACAUGUUAAAGGAGACGAAAGGCCUACCAUGAAGGAAGUGGCAUUAGAGUUAGAAGGAAUAUCGGCAUUAAUGAUUGACAGGCAUCCAUGGGUGAAAAGUACUUCAAAUGAAGAAGCAACUGAGUAUUUGCUUAACGGACCAAGUGAAGACUCUGAAGACACUGACGACGCCGAUACAAGCCCAAAUGCUUUUUUUAGCAUAAUCUGCAUGCCUAAGAUAACACCAAUGACUGGCCGGAGGUAUAGGUAG